AUGGAACAUCUUACUAUUCAAACGGACGAGUUUCAAGAGUUUCAAGAUAAGUAUAAAUACUGUUCUUCACCGGCUUCUGUGGAUAGCAGUUACUCAUCCUGCUCCAGUGUGGAGGACGAAAUCGACAUCUACACACGCCUUGUGCGUAACGAGGAACCUCUCCGAAGAGAUUUCUUCCGGGAGAUGUCCAAAAACUCCUCGGCAAACUCCUCAUUCGAUCAUGGAGAUUUGGGGCCGUCGUCAUCGUCUCGCAAAGGAUCCAAAGUCACUGAUGCCGAUCUUGACAGUCUCUUCCGAUCCCUUGUUAAGCCGUCAACUCUAGCGGCUCUUGAAGAGCAACUACGUGCCUCUGGAGUCAUUAUCAAUACUGAAUUUGCCAGUUUACAGGACACCAGUGAUCAGGCCAACGUUGUUCCAAAGCCGGAAGUUAAAGUCAAAGUCGAGACGAUCCCAGAGGAAUUCGAGCAGCCAUCUUCAUCCGCUCCUUCUUCUUCUAACCAACGCGCUCUACCAUCUCAAUCACAACUCCAACCAUCAGUUGCUCCAAAUCCAGAGAUGAACGCCUCAAUUGCUCAUAUCAAGAGUGAACUCGACCCAAUGCAAGCAUUCCAAAUGCCACCAAACGAUCUGAUCUUCGGAGCUCCUCACUAUCCAUUCUCACUGACCCACGACUUCAUGGGUGCACCGAAUGCAUUGAUGCCACCGUUCACCUCGCCAUUCUAUCCACAGCACUUCCCAGUUCCGGCGGAGGCUCGUCGCAACAGUCAGGGCAAUACAAGCUCCUCCAACAAUACCGGAGGGACUCCAUCACCACACUCUAACUCUCUUCCGACGUCACCCCCGCAAUUGCACGGCUUCUUGAGAUCCUUCUUGAAUCACGAUAACUUGCAAACUCCACCAACUCCGUUCGGAAUUCAGGAUGAGGUUUUGGAUGCUGACAAGAUGUGUGCCGUCUGUAAUGAUCGUGCUGUUUGCUUGCACUAUGGAGCUAGAACUUGUGAGGGAUGCAAGGGAUUCUUCAAGCGUACCGUUCAAAAGAACUCCAAGUACACAUGCGCUGGCAAUAAGAACUGCCCAAUUGACAAGAGAUACCGUAGUCGUUGUCAAUACUGUCGCUUCCAAAAAUGCCUCGAAGUCGGCAUGGUCAAAGAGAUCGUCCGCGGUGGUUCUCUAUCUGGCAGAAGAGGACGUUUGUCUUCGAAGACCAAGUUGGCAAGAUCUGUGGACCAACCAUCUCCACCACUCCCACUUUUGGCAUUGAUGGGAAAGGCUAUUGAGGAUAAUACCAAUAUGACUGUCACCAGACACUUUUUGGCUCCAUUCGGUGAGGAUUCUGCUGUUAGUAUCCUCCAUUGCGAAUACAUCGCCACCAGGAAACUCCUUAUGGCCAUGCCUCAGAUCUGUGAGAUCCCAGAGCCUGACUUCCGCAUCCUUCUCGCCAGAUCAUUCUUCCCAAUCAUGGCGAUCCGUUGUGCAAAUCGUUGCGCCAACAACACCGAAUCCAUCAUGUUCGAGUCUGGAGAGUUAUUUAUGCUGAAUGCAUUCCCAAUCUGCUUCCAACAGAUCCUUCGUUUCAUGAUCAACAAAGCUCAGAACUUUUCCUCGUUGGUCGAGUGGGAGCCACAAGCAUUCGCUUCAUUCAUUGCUCUCCAAUUCUUGUCCGGAAACACAGAGCAAAAUCUGUUGGGAUUGUCCAACAAGGUAUUGGUGGAUACAGUGCAAAGCACCAUUAUCAAUGCCCUGAAGGAUCAUUGCAGUGGAUCUCAAAACAAAUUGGCCAAGAUUGUCAGACUGACUGACGAAUUCGAUGUGUUCCACACAAUGGGGAUUCAGGUCCUCGACUCAAUGUAUCCAUCGACUCGUUUCCCAGAAGAAUUCCAACAUCUCAUCAGUUUAACUCGUGCACCACUUCGCACUGCCGAUACUCAACCAGCAUGUGGAAGUCCAGUUGUUCCAUCCACCAGUGCUCUUUUUGCAUUCCAAAUGGGAUCCACUGCCUUCUGA